AUGGGCAAAGCCUUGUCCAAAAUCUUCGGCAAAAAGGAAGUCCGAAUACUCAUGCUGGGGCUGGAUGCGAGUGGAAAGACAAGUAAGCUCAUUUUCAUUUGUUUGUUCUUCGUUUUAGGCGGAUUGAAAUUUAAAUCGAUCAUGCAUUCUUUUCGUGUUUUGUUGGUUUACCCUGUUUAUCUGAAAAAAUCUCAAAACUUGUUUAUUAAGAAUCUUGUAUUUUUUAGGUAUCCUAUACAGGCUAAAACUCGGCCAAUCCAUCAAAAGUAUUCCGACAGUUGGAUUCAACGUGGAGACAGUUCAGUAUAAGAACAUUAAGUUCAAUGUCUGGGAUGUGGGAGGGCAGUACAAAAUCCGACCAUUGUGGAGACAUUACUAUACGGGUACACAAGCGCUUAUAUUCGUCGUGGAUGCAGCCGAUCGGGAUAGGAUUGACGAAGCGCGGACAGAGUUGCAUCGGAUUAUCAAUGACCGAGAGAUGAAAGAAGCGGUCAUAUUGGUGUACGGGAACAAACAAGACAUUCAGGAUGGUAUGUUGGCCUUUAUUAUGUCUGUGUUUUGAUUUUUAGAGAGUUAAAUGCAGAGGAGUUUGUGUUUGGAAGUUCUUUCAAGUUUACCAUUUUAGGUAAUAUGAGUUUUUUGAUUUCAGCCAUGAAACCACAAGAGCUUCAAGAUAAACUCGGGUUGACUAGACUCCGCGAUAGGAACUGGUACGUUCAGCCGUCUUGUGCAACAUCUGGCGAAGGACUUCAAGAAGGGUUGACAUGGCUAGCCGCUAACUGUAAGGCCUAAGGAGAGUAAGAUAUCUAUUCCCUCCAAGUCUUCAUACGACGUCAUGGUUGCCUUUACUAUGGUGUUGAUGAGGGUUUUCUCCGACUAUUUUGUAUAAACUGCCAUUUGCCCGAGUUUUGUUGUUAGAGUUGCACUUGUAAUAGAUUCACUACUUAAUUGACUCAUGUUUUAUAUUGUACAAUGCCUUGUCCUUUUCAUUUUUUUUUCAAAAUUCAUUGUACUAAUAAUAAGGUCCAUUUUUGGUGACUGUGUAUGUGAUAAGAGUAUUUCUUUGCCGAUUGAAAGGUCUUCUAAUGUUAUAAUAGUCAUCGAACUUUUUUUCUUUUGUCAAAAUCUGGAUAAAAAGAAAAUUUUAUUUGAAUAAACGGUUACGACAUGAAUUUUUGUUGGCUUUAUUUGUGUUUUAUUUGAGUUUCACUGUGGUUUGUUCAGUUCAGUAUUUUGAUUUGUUCAGUAUGUUGUAGUAGAUAAGUUGUUAAUAUAAGAUGAAGAGAAGUGCCGCACCAACGAGCCGAGUCAAUCAACCUUAUAAAAAACCUUCAAUCUUAUCCAAUCAUAAUUUUCAAACCCAAUCUCAACCAGCAAAUGUCAAUCCAGUCAGGCCGAACACACAGAAAUCUCAAUCACAAGAUGAUACAGUAAUCCGAGAUACCAGCAUUUUUGAGGAAAAUGUUGAAGGCCAAAAGAAGAGGAGGUAAUUGGAUAGAAAAUUUGGUUUAUUGGAUUUUGAGGUCUAUUUCGAAGGUAAAUUUAAAUUGUUUUAGGUACACAGUGGUCUAUGCGAAACAAUCGAACAGAAAACACAAAAGAUGGGAGGGAGAUGGAGUUCUAGAAGUUCAUGGGAGCAGAAUGUGGCUGAGGUCCGAGGAAUCGGGUCGUCCGAUUGUGGCCAGUGGGUCUGCCAGGGACCUUUAUAUUGUUCAUGGAGCUCGGUUUAACAUCGGGUCGUAUGAACUUGAAGUUCAAGAGGAAAUAAAGGAAAAGGAAUGUGGUAAGUAAGAUGAGUUCGGUUGCUCUAGAGCUAAGUGGAUUUUAAAAAUUGCGUCGAAUUUUUUAGUUGAUUACCUCAUCUUUUGCCCACCGACCGAAUUACAACUACUGCUUUAUCAAAACGUUUUGGAUAUGAUUACCUUGGACCAUCGGGAAAUGAUCGACUUCUUACUCCGAAUAUGCAACCAUCCAGUUUUAUUGUUGGCCAGACUAAAGCAGAUUUUGGAAAGCGGAAUUGUGAGUUUUCUAAUUUCAGAAAAGGUUUAUGUGACAGUUCAGAAGUGUGUCGGAGUCUCUCAGAUCCUCGACUCGUUCCCUCCAACUUGCACAGUAUCUGAUUGUUAUAUCGCCGAUUCAAGUGGGUUUAAUUUUUGUAUAUUUUUGGAGAAAAUGGUGACUAAAACAAUAUGAUUUGAGUGAUUUAGACAAAUUCAAAACGCUUUUUGAGAUGAUAGUGUCCUUUGAUGAGAACGAUGAGAAAACCAUCAUUGCAUCGUAUUCAAAGUCGGCUCUCGAUCUUAUUGAAGCAAUGUUGGCCUCAAGUUUGUUCGAAGUCCUCAGGUUGGACACGGCCUCGCCCUCGGAACGGGCGGAUAUUAUCAAGAAAUUCAACACUCCCAAUCUCUUCGAUCAUCCGAAUCAAGUUCUCCUAAUGAAUCAACACACCAAGACCAUGGGGAUGGAUCUAAGCGGAGCCACAAGAUUGGUCCUUUUUGACUCGGAUUGGAAUGUAAAUUCGGAUAUUCUGGCCAAAAGCUUGGUCUGGAGGAACGGACAGGCAAAGAAAUGCCAUAUUUAUAGACUGUUAAUGUCGGUAAGCAUGCAUGGGAAAGCGGUUUAUAUUGUUUUAGGGAUCAAUUGAAGAAAAAAUGCUACAAAGGCAACAACGAAUGGCUGGACUGGAUUUGACUGGUAAGGAGAAUUGAGUUGAGGUCUACAAGGUUUAUUUUUGCCUGUACUUUAAUAUGAAACACAUCUUGAGCAGUAGUUUAUGUUGAUAUAAGUUGUUUAGAUAUCAGUGCCAGUCAAUUUGAUGACGAUGAACUUUGUGAAAUCUUCCAAUUUCAUCCGGAAUCGUUCUGCGAAACUCAUUCCCGAAUCAAAUGUAAAUGCGUGAAGAAUGGAUGUAAAGGACAAAAGUGCCCGACAGCUGAAGAUUCUCCGGCAAGCCAGACAGCUAACUCGAUGAUGAAUUUGGCCAUGGGAGAGACGCAAAUAAGGAGGAGUUUGGAACCAGACAGCCAAAUCAUCAUGGAGAAUAGGGCGGAGGUAGGCAGAUUUAUAUUUUAUUUGAAGAUUGUUUGAUGUUAACUAUGGGUAAUAUGGCUUUUAAAUGUGAAUUUUAGAAGCCAACAAAUGAAUUCUUGGACUGGAGACAUUUUGAAAUCACCGAGGAGACCAGGCCCAUCAUCACAGAUCUCGCUGGAUUCUCAAACGAAACUCUCGAGUCCAUUUCCUUUAUCAUGAUAAAAGAACCACAAGAAACGACGGAAGAACUAACAGAUCUCCCAUUACUUUGA